CCAUUUAGUUCACAUGUACGCAUUCUUUGGUUAUUGUCGCGCCGUACAGAGUUGUAAUGAGACGUCUUGGCUUGGACUGGAUUGGAUUGGAUUGGAUUGGAUUGGGUUGGAUUGGAUACACGGUCGCUCAGUCGUUAUCGCGAGAUGCACAUGCAUUGCAGGCGCUCGGGGGGAGUAGAGUCAAUUGCAGUAUUGUUACGGCGCCACAGGGCCGCCCGAUUCGCGAGUAUAGCGCUUGACUUGAUUUUGAUUGUUGGAGGCGUCGCGGCUGGCGACGCCCACACUCUGUGUCUGCAGACGCCCGCACCUCCUAAUAUAGAAGCGCUAGUAUUUCAGCAAAAGCUGGCGCCUGAGCAAGGAACACUGGACCUCUGCUACACCUAUCAUUUACCCUCUACCCUCAGGGUUAGUUAGGAUUACCUAGGGUAAGGGCUAGAAGGUUAGGGCUCUAGAAUAUAUUAAAAUCUAGCUG